UCUCAGCUCUAUAUAGUUCUGGGCGGUGGUUAAUGACUCGACACGCUUCUUCUCUCUCUCUCAUGUAGGUCUCUUUUCCAUCGUGUUUGUGCCUUUGUGCCUUCAUGUCUUCUCUCUCUAUCCUCCUCUACCGGCAGGAUAUAAGCCUGCGAGAGUAACAAGGAGAGGUCACUGAGCAGAACAAGACAGGGAGAAGCGAAAUCCAAAUUGGAGAAAGCUCACGUUUGCAGCAAAGCUUCCAAUGGCAAAAGGUCUGGCUUCGAUGGAGGCAGAGUGAUUAAAGGUGUAAGGAGUACCUUUCCAUUUCCCACUUCGACACCGUGGGAUAGGGUUUGUUGGGUUUUUGUGCGCUCUGGUGCUUUGAGCAAGGGAAAGGUGCGAUCUUUGAUGGGAUGGCUUGAGCUCCGCUCUUCUGCCUGCAACUCGUGCUGCUUCUGUCCUUGUUCCUCUCAGGGUUUCUGAUAGCCUGAAAUCCAAUCGUGUCAGAUCCGAAGAAGAAGAAGAAGAAGAAGAAGAGGAAGAAGCGCAAGUUUGAAUCUUUUUUGCUUCUAUAUCAGAGAAAGGCUAAGUCAUUCUCCCAGCUGCCUGAAGACUCACCGUCGAGGUUUGGGAGGCGGAGAUGGAGGCGAAAGAGAAUAACCAGUUCGGGUUGGAGGAGAGCCAUGGAGAUCACAUCAGCAGCCAUAGUCCUGGCGCGGUCGGCUUCGUGACUCCAUUGACUUCAUCCCCAAUUCUUUCAGCUUCAAUGGUGGAGGCCUUCUUCACUCCCGGUCUCUGGAACCACCACACAAGUUCAUGUACCAUGAGCUUUGGAGAAAGCAUCAACUGUGUACCGAUUGGAAAACCGGUAGCCAUGUCCAACAGAGGCAUGCUUCCAUCGCCUCCUCCCGGAGAAUUCCCCCACAGCCUACCUCAUUUCCCCGUCGAUUCGGGUUUAAUCGAGCGGGCGGCAAGGCUUUCAUGUUUCGGCGGCGGUAGUUUCCGUGGCAUCAGCCUCCUCGGCCCAUCUCAGUCAAUGACUCCGCCCUCUGGUGCUUCAAAGGAUGCCAUCGGGGCUCGGGUUCAGAAGGCCGAGCUAAAUGUAGUCUCACUGCCUGUCGAACAUGGAACCAUCAAAGGCAUUACGAUGAAUAACAAAAGAGAUCGAAGUAUAUCUCACGUUGGCACCUCAAACAAUAAAUCCCGUGAAGGCAAUUUCUGUGAAGAAGGCCAAGAAAGGCAUACCGGUUCAGCAGACGCAGCUGGGAAUUCAUCCUCCAGUGAUCUUGGCGCAAAUAAAAGGAGAAAAGCCACUGAGGAGAUGGAGAAGGAGAAGGACCAGGUGCUAAGAGGCCUACAAUCAUCAACAGAAACCACAAAGGAUAACACUGAAACCAAAUGCAAAAGUUACAAACACAGUGGAAAAAAUGCAAAAGAUAAUUCAGAAGCUGCAAAGGAGGGUUAUGUUCAUGUCAGAGCACAGCGUGGACAAGCCACCAAUAGUCACAGUCUUGCAGAAAGAGUAAGAAGGGAGAAAAUCAGUGAAAGGAUGAAAUAUCUUCAAGAACUUGUGCCUGGUUGCAGCAAAGUAAUAGGAAAAGCAGUGAUGCUGGAUGAAAUCAUAAAUUAUGUUCAAUCACUCCAAAGACAGGUUGAGUUUCUCUCCAUGAAGCUUGCAGCUGUCAAUCCACAACUUGAUUUCAGCAUAGAAGGGCUUCUGGCUAAAAAUCUUCUGCAUUCCCAUGGUGGCUCAUCAUCUGCAGCUGGAUUCUCACAGGAGAUGAUUUAUCCUCAGGUAUAUUCAUCUCAACAGGGCUUGGCGCAUGCUGGAAUCUCUUCCAUGCUUAACCCUUCAGAUGCAUUUAGAAGAACACUGAUUACUGAAAUACCGAUGGCGAGUGGUUAUAAAGAGACUUCUCUGCAGAUGCACAAUUCUUGGAAUGAACAGCUUGUCAUGCAAAUGGCAUAUGGUGCUAAUCCUCCUCUGAAUUCACAAGUGAUAAAUAGAAAACCUGAUGGCUUCACCAUAUAAAAAGAACGGUCCAACCGAAUUCGGAUGCUAAUAAUGUCCAAAGAUCUCAAUGGCCCUCCUAGGUUCACUGCCAUGAGGCACACAGCUGUGGAGGCUUAUUGAUUCAGAGUUCUGGUGAAGAGGUACAGGAGGUGUACAAGCUCAUCUCUCAGAUGGUUGUCACAAAAGAUUCAGUGUUCCUCUCUAUACAUCCAAAGAGCAUUCUUAGAGGUUUUCUCCCUCUAUAGCAAAUGGAGGGCAGCUUGCCUCCUGCUUGGUGUAUGCUUUUGAAAGUAUAUUUAGUAGGGAAAAUCCAUUGCCAACAUUAAGUUUGGCUACUCAUGUAUCCCUUAGCACUAGGAGCAGAAGUUUUGCAUAGAACAAGAAAAAUCUCAGAUGUAACCCUUGGCUCUCCUGUAAACUGGGUUAAUUUUCUGGUCGAAUCAGAUCAAGAAGGGAAUCAUGUGGCACUCUUUGUUCAAGUGGAACCCAUGGUUUUAUAACAAUUCAUCAGGUUUGAAAGUUCCUUUUA